UUCUCCAUGUGCAUCUUCCUCCCGAACACAGACAACGGCCUACCAAGCCUUCUGGACGCGAUGGCUUCACGCCCGGGCUUCCUGCACCAGCACCUGCCUCGCAAGGAGGUCCUAGUCGGCAACUUACAGGUGCCCAGGUUCAAGUUGUCCUUCCACAGCAGCGUCGUUAGCGUCCUCCGCAAGCUGGGGCUCCUGCUGCCGUUCCACGAAACCAAUGAAGACCUGUGCGACAUGACCGAGGACGACAGCUCCGGUCUUCCCCUGGUCCUCUGCGAUGUCGUCCACAAGGCAGUCAUCGAGGUGAAUGAGGAAGGCACCAAAGCUGCCGCUGUCACCAUUGCUAGUGCACCGGGCGGGGGCGGAGGGCGGCCACGGCCACCACCGCUUGUUGAUUUCGUUGCUGACCAUCCGUUCGCAUACUUCGUUGUGGAGGAGGAGACCGGCGCCGUCGUCUUUGCCGGGCAUGUCCUCGACCCCUCCAAAGAGUAG